UAAAAGAUCAAUGUAUACAGUUUUUAACUCUUUGUGAUUGUAGGAAAUAUUUUUUAGUAUACUCGCGCGAUACCUUCUAAUUAAUACGCAGAGAUUUAUAUACGUAAAAGAUAACCGUGGCAAUUACGUAGACAGAUAGCCGAUAACGACGACUGCCCUUUCGAAAUAUUACGCGGCGAAUAGUCAUCAUUUUGUGAACAAGCUCGAAAAGUUUUUCGAGGGCGCAAUUAUCGGCAGAACGAUUUCCUUCGUUCGCGCCGCUACAUGACUUUAUUUAGCUUUAGUUUGUUGAAACCGGUUGCAAGCGACUUCUCUCUUCUCUUACUGCAAUACCGAGAGUUCGGUGCUCCGCAUCAUUUAGGGUUCCUCGGGUGGAGGAAGGAAUUUCGCGUUCACCACGCUCGACAGCUUCUUUCGCAUAAAGGUAAUCCUUCGUGCAGCAACUUUCGAACGAUUUAGUAAUACGUACUUUGAUUUAUCGAGUAUUUAUGAAUUCGUAACACCAAUCAUUUUUCGUUGGAUCGCGUCUAGAAGUUAGACGAUUUCGAAAAAAAAUAUUACUAGAAACGAAACGUUAUAAUUCAUAUGAAUAAUUGGGUUGCAACUGCGAUAUCAAUCAGAUUAAUUAGCGAACAGAAUGAUCAAAUUUACUGUACGAUUAUAAAUACAAUUAAAUUGUGACGAAGUGAUUUAUUAAGUUAGUUACGAUAUAAUAGAUUACAGACGAUAAUCGUAACGCAACAAUUUACUUGCGAUAGUCGAUUUAUCUUGCGAUCGAGGGACUUUUAAAAGCUUCGAUCCCUUCGGGGAAUGACGUUCAAGUGCAAAGAAAUUCGGUCAGGGCCGUCAUACGACUCGAUCUUCCGCUUUUUGCAGUUAAAGAGUCGCGUCUUAAUUAUCCUUUUUUCUUAUCCGUCGGAGCUUGUAAAUUACAUUCCAUGGUUGGCCGACGUACCAGGAGGAAAGCGGAUCACCGUGCUUCGCAUUAGAUCGAGCGUGGGUAGCUUGCGUCAUUAAGCAUAGUAACUUACGGUACAAGAAUGACUUUGGCUUUGGCGGAGAAAGUGACCGGGUGUGGCCAUUGCGAGACAUUGUACAUCGUACGCAUUUGUAUACACUAGCCUCGAAGAAAGAUUUUCGUUGUUCGUUGUCUUUGACAGCGUCUAUUGUUCUAUCAAUUUUUCUCUUGUCUCAAUGGUUAAGACGUUUCUCUUAGUAAAGCUGUUCUUAAACUGCAACCUAUAAGGAUGUAAAUCUCAUUUCUAACAGUCGGGUCUGGCAGUACGGUAGUUAUUAUCGAGAAAGGAAUUUAAUCGAAGAAAUCGGCGAAUUCUUUUUGUUCUAAUGAAUUCUUACUUAGCGAGAAAUUGAACGUAAUCCAUGCGGAGAUAUUAUCUAUGUUCUAUGAUUUUUCUACAUUAUGAAACAAAUAUCAUUUUUUUCAUAUAUGAUUAUAUUUUCAAGGAACAUCGUUGCCGAUGUACUUUGUAUAGCUUAAUAUGUAUAAUUUCAUCAGAAUGAUACAGAUUGUAUCGUACCUAAGGAUACAUCGUAAAUUCAACAUGUCUUCGUCGACUGAUGUUUGCUUCGAAUAACGAGAAGGACGUAAAGCAUGUUCAAACCUCGAAUAAACGUAGAAAAACUGGCUUCCAAGUCUUGCGAGGUACGCUGCAAAGCUUUCUGUCAAAUUUGUUAUAGUUUCCCACGAAUUAAUGGAUACUUUGGACAAGUGUAUCCAUAAUUGCGGUACUAAAAGUUGACUUCUACUUUUAAACAUAUAGACGAUGACUUGGAUCGCUAAAGUAAACUGCAUCGAAUUAAACGCCAUUAAAAUGUGGUGUCCGUCGAGUAUACGUUAGUAGCGAAAAUGAUGGAUAUUCUAGGCGCUGAUGUAUUCGAAUUUCAAGAUUUUUAUCUGACGAGCUCUGUGUUUGGAAUCAUUGUUUUCAGGAAACGUAAGAAACGUAAGACGUGUUCGAACUUACUAUCAACCAAGUUGAGCCACCCGAACCAAACGUGCAAACGGUUUGGCCGGUUUUCGAGGUAGAGUUCAUCGAACCUUGGUUGCAAGGGAUUGAUCGUGUAUGGCUACUGAAGGUAUGUGCACAAACAAUCAUUGAUCUGUGACGCCCGGCCGCCUACAUAUUACUUACAUAUUAUCUAGUUCGAGCUCAAAUAGGACGCGCCGCUUAGAUCCAGAAACAAAACUUCUGUUAUCACUUUCAUCAGCUGCGAAUAAUUUUAUAAGCAAUUUCUAGGCCAAGGUAAAUAAUUUUCACUACUAGCUUCGAGUAAGAGUUUUAUCCGAUCGUAUAUAACUACUUGCUCUUCUUUUAACCAAGAUCUUUCCUUUUAAAUUGUCGUUAUAUACCAUUGGCUAUUUUAUUAUAUACUUAUUUUAUUAUAUUGUAUUUAUUAUAUAUCAAGAUGACUGGCUUGAAAAUAAAAUUACUACAAUUCUUUUUACAGCGAAUUCCGCAAUGAAAAAGAAGACCGUGGAUCUGUCCGUGAGAGUAUUUGUCAUUUUUCGUAGUUUAAGAAUGCACAGAAACUCGUUAAACAUUUCUUCGAUCUUUCCUCAUCCACCGAGCCGUGCACUCGCCUCUUUCCUCUUCUUUGCAACCGAGAAGAACCGUCCCGGGACCAUUGUUAAAUCUUUUUCGAGCAACUACGUAAUGAAGAUUUAUAAAAUAUCGAAGACGAACAAGUAUCCAACUACGAUUCUUACCUAAAAUAUUUCAUCAAGCAAUUGUAAGUAAGAAGUAUCGCUCGUUCAUAAUUCAGUACUCAAUUUUAGCGUAAUAGUUUGUAUUAUUUUUAGUAAAUUAUUGAUAUUCCAUUAUUUAAACUAUUCGAUAGAAAAAGACAACUCUAUCGAAAAGGUUUGCGUGGAUCCGCUCCUGCUGUAUGCCACUACUACCUCAGCAUCGUCAUCACCAUCUCCCUGGCUCCUCCGUAACGGAUAGGCUUCACCUCCAGAACGGAACUCCAGUCUGCUUCCAGUUUCUCCCUCGAGAAUGCUUGUUGACUUAGUCGGAGUUCGGCUCCCACAACGCGCGCUUCGUGGCCACUCCACUGACUUGUCCCAUCAGAGAACUGGUCCAUGCUCUGACAGAAAAUAUCAUUUAGUAUCGAAGAUCUUGGAACAACUUGCAUAGUGUUCGUUGACCUUCGUUGCAUCGAAUUAUUCGAUACGAAAAGCAUUCUCUAAGGAUACAAAAAGACUUUCGAAUCUACUUCGCAAUUGUGUUUUGUUAUAAUUUUGAUAGUGUUUAUAAUUAAAGUAAAAAAGAAAGAGAGCAUAACAUUAUCGUUAGAAGAAGUUGAUACGAGGAAGAAAUGUGUGGCAAGCAGUAUCGUCGACAUAUCGAAGACAGACAAUGAUCGAUACUUGAAAGGUGUGCCAUUCUUCGGAGGAAAGGGAGGCGGGCGCAUAAGGAUGCGCUUACGCAGGAAACGGUGCAUGUCCCGGUGACGCUACAGAAACUUGGAGCCAUACAGAGCCAUACAGAGAUAACCACGGAAGUACGGAUGACGCGAUGAGACUGAGCCCGAUUAUCUUGUCGUGGGCCACAGCGAGCUGGCUUGGUCCAACCGGAACUACGGCGAUACGAGCUCAAGCCUCGAAGGACUACGAGUUGUCGACUGAAUUCUUCCUGGUACCUAGCGACGUAGCGAUGGACAAGAACGGUCUGGCCAGUGUAGCGAGUGUCAUCAGCGUUCCAGCACCGAACAGGACGGUUUCGGUGUUCAAAAUGCCUCCUGGAAAGAAGAACCAGGAGAUCGAGGUCGAUACUCGGCCGUACUCGAGGUCCUUGCUCAGACAACGACCCUGGGCUCUUCCUCUGGCGGCCCUCAGCGCAGCCACGAUGCUCCUCAUGGCUGGCUUCGAGGUUUUCGUACUGCUCAAGGCAAGGGUAACCGCGCCAAACAGACGACAUUUAUUUCUGGGACAAGCUCUACUUUUAGGCCUUUUCCUCCUGGCAGGACUCUCAGCAGCAGCCUCCCUCAGUCAAAACCCUCUGUCCUGCGCUGCAUUUAGAUUAGUCGGCUUACCUGCUGCUCUUGUAUUUGCAGCCUUGCUGGUUAAAUGCGUGUUCCUGCUCUCAUUAAAUAGUGGAGUUUAUCUACCAGCACCUUAUCAAGCACUAGUAUUGGGAUUCGCCGUGCUCGUGCAGGUAGCUAUCAUUGGACAAUGGUUUUACGGCGAGCCACCUACGGUGGUUCAGGUACAAAAUACAGGACAAAACUCUCCAAUGUCCUGUUGCAAAACUCCUCUUGGACAGAUAGUGGCUUCCCUCGGAUAUCCGGGCGCGCUGUUGGUUGCAGUAGCUUGUUUAGCAGUUCGAGCACGCGGCGUUCGAGACAACAACCGGGAAGCAGCAUUUAUUGGCCUGGCUGUUGGUUUAUCGCUUCCGAUUUGGAUAUCGAGUGCGAUCGGUUCAGUGGCUGCCUCGACGGAGAGUGACAGAGAAGCCUGGCUAGCUUAUGGUUUAUUGACUACUUCCCUUCUCGUGUUCCUGACGAUGUUCCUGCCGAAGGGUCGCCAGUUAGCUGCCCUCGGUCGAGAAGCUUCCGCAACGGUGAUUCGUGAUCGAGACGAUGCUUUGAGCUCGCUUCCUGGCAGCCGUUACUCGCCUUCCUUCUUCCACUUCAAGCCAGCUGAAGCUUCUUUAAAGAGAAAGAUGCAUUAUCACAGCGGCGAUCGCGUGGCAUUAGUUUCAUCCGCUAUACCUGGAUGCACUGCCUGCAGGCAUGGUGGAAGCCCCAUAUACUCCGACGAUGUUCAUGCACCGAUGGAGACGUUCGUCUUACCACCAGGCAUGUAUUUGAGGCCGGAAGACGCAGGAAAUUUGUACACGACUCUAUCAGCAAAUCCGAACGUAUUCUUUCAACGAGCAGCUCAUCCCGGGAUGAUGUAUUGAUAAUUUUCCACACACACAUUCGAAUAAAUGUCUGGUAAAAGGACAUUUAUUUUUUUAAAGGACAUGCUUUUCUACAUUCUUAGAUUAGAUAACCACGAGGCGGACUUCGUUUUCUGUUCGCUUGUUUUGUUAUUGUAAAUAAUGAAACGUGUAAGCUACGUUGGAGAUUUUUUUUUUUUAUUAGCUUCUCUCAUUGUGGAAGCUACGCACGAUUAUUUCGAUAACAAAUCAAAAUAUAGCAACUGGAGGCGAAUUUCGCAAGAAAUUAUAAUAAAGGUACGAUCCAUUUUUUAUA